UCGGAGGAGGAGGAGGACUCCUGCCAUUCCGGUGUUGCAGGGCAAGGGGACAAAAGAGACAGAAUAAGUACGGGAUUUUGUCGGGUCAGAUGACCACACUGGGAGCCCGUUUCGGAACGCUGGGCACGACGAAUGCUAAACUAAGCUAUUUGCUGGUAACUGGAAGACAUAUUGCCAUGACACGGGUAUUGAAACAUUAUACAGUUGACUUAAUCAAAAUGUUACAGGAUCCACCGGCCCGGCGACUGAAAGCGAGCCUUGCCAUCUCAUGUACUUACACGAACCACACA